GAAGAGUACAAAAGGACAAACAUCAGAGCCCAGACGUGGUGAAAACGUGACUCCAUUGCUAUGCCCCCACAGUGGGCCAGCGGCGUCCCCCUGCUAUCUCCUAUAGAAGCCCCAGGGAAUCUUCAAGAGGACACAGGGACAACUCGGAGGCCGGUGACCCGGCCUUUUUAGUCCAGGGCACGUCUCUGACUCAGCAUGACCUCGCACAUCCCUUGCAGGCUCCCCGCCACUGUUGCCGCUUUUCAAGGUGAGGAUCCUGCUGUUCCAAUGACGCUUCUCCGCACCCCGCCCCCGCCCCACGCUGUCUGGUGACGGACUAGAGCCUUGCAUGCUAAGACACAUAAGUGAGCUCCCACGCUGUUGUGUGUCACCCACAAAGGUCUCCUGCGAACGCUGACUUGAUUAACUGUCGGGUCCGCCCGCCAGAGCUCAGACUCCAGACUGGGAGAGUGGAACAACGGACUCCUGCCCCGGGCUAGGCUUGGCAGGACGCGGACAUUGAAGCCAGGGUCAACCCCUUAGAGACCUUGCUCUCAGGACGCGGCUCCUCCCUGUCGCUCACCCUCCCACGUGUGGCUGAGAAAUCCGGAGCUCCGGGCUCGCUGCACGCGCGUUACACAGCAGAUCCCAAGCGGGAGGCCCAGUUUGGAAGGCCGCUGGGUGCGGGGAGCCCAGCAGGAGGCGGAGCCGACCCCGGAGCACCGCCCCUGCUGGAGCGCACUGGCCUCCAGGUGCCUCGCUCGGACCGGGGGUGUGGUCCCGAGGACUUGGCUUCCCAGAGCUCAGCACCAGCCCCUGGGAGCUUUGCGGCACCCGCAUCGCAUUUGCACGCAGUCACCCCGGGAAGGCCCCCGCCGGGCGCCUCAAUCACCAGAUCCCUUCUUACCCGCUAGUGCAAGUUGUGAAGGAGAGGCAGGAAGCAUGCGGGACUACGACGAGGUGACCGCCUUCCUGGGCGAGUGGGGACCCUUCCAGCGCCUCAUCUUCUUCCUACUCAGUGCCAGCAUCAUCCCCAAUGGCUUCAAUGGUAUGUCAGUCGUGUUCCUGGCAGGGACCCCGGAGCACCGUUGCCGGGUGCCUGACACCGUGAACCUGAGCAGCGCGUGGCGCAACCACAGUAUCCCGUUGGAGACGAAGGACGGGCGACAGGUGCCCCAGAAAUGCCGCCGCUACCGACUGGCGGCCAUCGCCAACUUCUCUGCGCUGGGGCUGGAGCCUGGACUGGACGUGGACCUGGAGCAGCUGGAGCAGGAAAGCUGCCUGGAUGGCUGGGAGUACAGCAAGGACGUCUUCCUGUCCACCAUCGUGACUGAGUGGAAUCUGGUGUGUGAGGAUGACUGGAAGACACCCCUCACCACCUCCCUGUUCUUCGUAGGCGUUCUCUGCGGCUCCUUCGUGUCUGGGCAGCUGUCUGACAGGUUCGGCAGGAAAAAAGUCCUCUUUGCAACCAUGGCCGUGCAGACUGGAUUCAGCUUCGUGCAGAUUUUCUCCACCAACUGGGAGAUGUUUACCGUGUUAUUUGUCAUUGUGGGCAUGGGCCAGAUCUCCAACUAUGUGGUGGCCUUCAUACUAGGAACUGAAAUUCUGAGCAAGUCAGUUCGAAUUAUCUUCUCCACAUUAGGAGUCUGUACAUUUUUUGCAAUCGGCUAUAUGGUACUGCCGCUGUUUGCAUACUUCAUCCGAGACUGGAGGAUGCUGCUGCUGGCCCUGACACUUCCUGGGGUGCUGUGUGUCCCCCUGUGGUGGUUUAUUCCCGAAUCUCCCCGGUGGCUCAUAUCCCAGAGGAGAUUUGAAGAGGCAGAACAGAUCAUCCAGAAAGCUGCAAAGAUGAACAGCAUCGUGGCACCCGCAGUGAUAUUCGAUCCUCUGGAGGUGAGUGAGCAGCUACAGGAGCUAAAUUCCUUGAAGCAGCCAAAAGCCUUCAUUCUGGACCUGUUCAAGACUCGGAACAUUGCUACAAUAACAGUGAUGUCUGUGAUGCUGUGGAUGCUAACCUCAGUAGGUUACUUUGCUCUGUCUCUCAAUGUUCCUAAUUUACAUGGAGAUAUCUACCUGAACUGCUUCCUCUCUGGCCUGAUUGAAGUUCCAGCUUAUUUCACAGCCUGGCUGCUGCUGAGAACCCUGCCUCGGAGAUACAUUAUAGCUGGGGUGCUGUUCUUGGGAGGAGGUGUGCUUCUCUUGGUCCAAGUGGUACCUGAAGAUUAUAACUUGGUGUCCAUCGGCCUGGUGAUGCUAGGGAAAUUUGGGGUCACCUCUGCCUUCUCCAUGCUGUAUGUCUUCACUGCAGAGCUCUACCCAACCCUGGUCAGGAACAUGGCUGUGGGCAUCACCUCCAUGGCCUCUCGGGUGGGCAGCAUCAUCGCUCCCUAUUUUGUUUACCUGGGUGCCUAUAACAGACUCCUGCCCUACAUUCUCAUGGGCAGUCUGACUGUCCUGAUUGGAAUUGUCACUCUUUUUUUCCCUGAAAGUUUUGGAGGGACUCUACCAGAGACCUUAGAGCAGAUGCAGAAAGUGAGAGGGUUCCCAUGUGGGAAAAAACCAACAGCCUCAACGGACAGAGAAGAAAACCCCAAGGUUCUAAUCACUGCAUUCUAAUAAGGUUCCUCAGUACCUGCCAAACUGGAAAACAGAUGUGUAAGAUGAGCUGGGUGUGAUGGAAUGCACCUGUGAUUCCAGCACUGUAGCGGGGAGCCAGGAGAAUCAGGAAUUCAAGGUCAGCCUUGGCUACAUCAGGAGUGCAAGAACAGCCUAGACUACAAGCAACCCUGUCUCAAGAAAACAAACAAAAUCAAAGCCUUUCCUGCUGAAAGGGACUAACAGAAACAAUGAACAUUAAGCUGGACUUGUGGAGAAAUACAUCCUGUCUUCCAAACUCCUGGGCCACUCUUCCAGAUCAUCUUCUUGUUUUUUACGAACAAACAUUUCUAAACUGUCUUGACCACUAACUAGUCAAAGAAAGAGGUUUGUAAGAUUUUUCUUGAAAAUGUGUUAGUCAAGGAUUGGCAAAAUCCAUAUUAAGAUUAACACACAUUUCCAAAAUGCUAUCCAAAUAAAAUUGACUGUAUUAUCACAACUA